ACGUAAAAACCUUAUAUAUAUGCCAACUGGUGCCUUCGAAACUGGGGAAUUUGAAGUCAAAGCCAGUUUCAUGUAAACAAAUUUGAAGCAACUUGUACAGUUCCUUUAUAAACAAUAAGAACCUUUGGUAUUAGCACUUGGCCGGGAGAUAUGAAUAUUGAGGAGUACAUAGAUGUGCUUUUGGUCCCUGCUGGGUUACUGAUCAUGCUAGUUUACCACCUCUUCCUCCUUUUCAAGUACUUCAAUAUGCCUCUCUCCACAUCCAUAGGUUACGAAAACAACGACAAACGAAUUUGGGUUGGAAAAAUCUUGCAGUUGCAGGGUGAUGAUCUUAGAAAGAGUGUUAAAACAGCUCUCAAUGUGAUUUCCUCGAGUACAACUGCAACUAUUUAUUUGGCAACAAUCUCAUUAACCCUCUGCUCACUUAUCGGAGCUUGGAUGGCAAACAACACCACCAAUUUCUUCCCAAGAGAACUUAUAUACGGCAAUACAAGUGCGUCGAUAGUUUCGAUCAAGUACAUAUGCCUCUUAACCUGUUUUCUCCUUGGUUUUUCGUGCUUUGUUCAAUCAGCUAGGAACUUCGUCCAUUCGAACUUCCUACUGAGCACUCCGGGCGCGACGGCUAAAUCUGAUGUGAAGAAAGUGGAAAAAGCAGUUCAAAGAGGAAGUGAAUUUUGGUUACUUGGGCUUAGAGCUCUAGCUAUAUUGUGCUCUUAAUUUUCUGCUGUGGUUUUUUGGACCUAUACCGAUGUUUGUAUCCUCUAUCAUAAUGGUGGUGAUUCUGUAUUGCCAUGACUUUAGAUCAGAUGAUCAAAAGGGUCUUAAUGUAGUGUAAAUAAACAGAUUUCUUAGACAUCAUUUUCUAAGAUUCAAUCAAAGUUUCA